GUUAAGAGUAAUGCGGUGCGUGCUUUGGGGAACCUGCUCCACUUCCUGUCUGUCAGUCAGCUGAACCGGCCAGGGUUCCAGCGCCCCCUGGAGGAGGCGGUCAGCGCACUGGUCACCACAGUCCAAUCAGAAGCCACGAUGAAGGUCCGCUGGAAUGCCUGCUACGCCCUGGGCAACGCCUUCAGGAACCCUGCCCUGCCACUCGAUUCUGCUUCCUGGUCCGGCGAUGCGUUUUCCGCCCUCUGCUGUGUUGUCACUUCCUGUCAGAACUUCAAGGUGCGCAUCAAGUCUGCCGCUGCCCUCUCCGUCCCCGCCUGCCGUCAUUGCUACGGUGAUGCGGAGCGGUUCGGGGAUGUUUGGCGCUCACUGGCCGCGGCGUUGGAACACAGCGAGGAGACGCAGGACUUCCUGGAGUACCGCUACUGUUCCUCUCUCCGACACACACUCACACACACCCUCACACACCUGCUACGACUCAGCCAAUCACAGGACAUGCCCGCCCUGGGGAUGUCGCUCGUCAUGGAGGAGGGGAGGGGCUUCAAGGAACACCUGGUAAAAUACCUGAGAGGGGAGGGGGGGACGGACGGAGGGAGAAGAGGAGGAGGAGGGACGGACGGCGGGAGAGGAGGAGGGACUGAGGGAGUAGGAGGGAGAGGAGAAACUGAGGGGGAGAGAGAGCGAAAGGGGGAGGAGAGAGUGAGGACUCUGGGAGAGACGCUGGAGAGACUGAGGAGUCUUUGUGUAGAUGGGGAGGAAGAGGGUGAUGAAGGGAGGGAUGGAGGAGAAGAAGAGAGGAGUGCGUUGGUGGUGGUUGCAUUUCUGGAGGACGUUCUGAGGAGUUGUGAGGAGCUGAAGGUCUCCCACUCAGAUUGACCUCUAACCCCACACUGUAGCCCAACUCUUGUUUCUCUCCUCAUUCCCCUUCAUGGAUUUAGGAGCAGGAUUUGCAUGAUGGACAAGAGGGGGAGUUUCCACCAUAUUCCUCACAACAGUCCAUUGUAAUGAACGAGUGCAUAAUUCAGGAAGGAAGAGGGGGAACAGAAUGGGACUGGUUCAGGAGAGCAGGACAGAGAGAUUACCUGUUUCUGGGUUCAGGUAUAGAAGUGUCGACUGUGGAACGGUAAACUGUCACCUGUCCCAGUUUUUUAAUUUUAUUCAGCUUACAAAGUAAUAAAUCAAUUAUUAAUGAUGUUAAAGCAGAUGGCCUUCUACCGCUAAUACUGUUCUUAUUAGUACUACUGCUGUUAUUAUAGUACUAUAAGGGAUAACACUGCUAUUAUAGAAUUACAGUACUGUUAUUACUGUUAUAUUACAAUACUUUUGCUGUAUAAGUUGAUUAUAUUACAUUACUUUUGGUGUAGAAGUUGAUUACAGAACUGUUAUUAGUUUUAUGAUUACAGUACUAGCGCAUUAUUGUUAUUUGUGCUGUGUGUUUAUCAUUAAACUGGACCAGCGGGCGCUAGCCUCUAUUCCUGA